CCGGAAUUUCUUGAAUUAAUGCGUCGCGACAAGAAUUGCCAUCAAUAUUCUCGGCUGCCCUGAGAGGACUUUCGUUCCUGUUUCGCGGUUGAGGCUGCAUCGGGAUGCAGUCUAGAUCAGCUAUAAUCCUUGCCUGGAUGCGUCCAUCAGUGGAGGAAACGCCUGGGAAAUCAGUGCCUGGUGUGCUCAGUCAUUUGAGGCGGAUUCGGCGGAGAAUGGAGGAUGGUUGAAGCCUGGAGAGCCGUUUGUCAUUCCAGGUCAUGACCUGCAGCUGUCAGCCAAUAUCCGAUGUUGCUGUGCAGGAUCGCCGGCGCUUUAUCCCCAUCAGUGUCGGGCCCUGCUCUUCAACAUAGCGUGACUGGUAACAACCCUAACACUAUUGAUUCCUCGCACACUCGAGGCGGCGAAAAGUCCCUUAUCAAUCCUUUGACAAAGAUCUCGUGCAGAUGGCUUCAUCUUGGCAGUGAAUCUCAUCACCACCAUUUCAUGCCGCUGGUGACCAUACUCGAACAGUCCAAACAAUGCUGCAAGGACGUAUUCGUCCCUACGGAGGUACAUGAUUACCAGAAAAAUGCUCAGGCAAAUGGAAAUGGAAGCCAAAUUACGUGUCUGUCUGCGCUGAGGUAUUGUUCUUGUCAUUUUAGCUCCCGGUAUCGUUGCAGACCUGAGUUCUUAGCUAUGAAUAUGCAUGUGAGAUUAUCCCAUCUUUUCGUCCCAUAGCUCUCCUGGCAGGUGAUCCUUGUGGUACCUGCAUCCCUUCAGCUCCUUCGAAGAGAUGACUUGUGUCAGGCGAUACAUACCGAUCAGAGUGGCCGUAUCUUGGGAUCAACUGGUGAUUGAAAUAUCGUU